AUGCGAGCGCCGCCGCUGCUGCUGCUGCUGCUGAUGGCGGCCGCGGGCCUGGCCGUGAGUCCGCUCGCGCGCCUCAACCCCUGGCUGAGCGCGUGCGACCUGGAGGAGGAGGGCGCGGGCAGCGUGCGCGAGUGCGGGGGCGCGGCGUGCGGCGGCGGCGGCGGCGCGCCCGACGUGCUGAAGGAGCGCGACGUGCCGCACCUGUGCGCGCUGAGCACACCUGCACGCGCGCGGCGUCUCGCGGAGUUGCGGCUGCGCGCGUGCUGCGAGCGCUCGCCCGCCUCCGCGCUGGACAGCGGCGCGCGCGAAGCCGUGCUCUCCGACCAACAAAGUUGCGAGCGCGCGCUGCACGACCUCCUCGGUCUCGACGCUAUGGUUGCGCGCGUGCACUGCGAUUUCGUCGACAUCCUCAGAAGAUACGACUGCGACCAGCCCUACUCCGUGCACACGUGUCACGAGUGCCAGGAAACUUAUCGACGUUGGGCGUGCAGUACAAUGGUGCCAUUGUGGGUGGAAGAAGGGUCAGAAGAGGGCAGCGAGGAGACGGGCAGGUCGCGGCGCGCGCCCGCCGAGCACGCGGCGCGGUGGCACGCGCGGCACCUCGAGCGCGUGGGGCACCUGGACCGGCGGCGCGGCGGCGCGGGCGGCGUCGUGGGCCGCUGGGUGCGCGCUGCCGCCGCGGGGCCCGGCCGGCCCCUCGUCCGCCUCAAGCCUUGCCUUUCCGUCUGCCAGCUCGUCGAGCAACACUGCCCCUACUUCCUGCCGGCGGAUCGCGCGCCCGCGUACCCCACGCAAUACGCCGGCGAGCCAACGUUCCUAUGUCUCGACCCGCGUAUCCCGGAGACGGGUGCGCAGGCGAACAAGUCCAACUACGGGCGGGACGAGUGCUGCUACUGGUACUGCGAGGGGAGGCUGUGCUACCGGUGCGAGCUGCGGCUCAGCGAGUCGCAGCGGCCGGAGGCGGAGCGCUGCCCGGCCGUGGAGGAGCGCGUGGCGGGCUGCUCGGUGCCGUACCAGGCGGCGGCGGGCAGUGCGCCGCGCCCGCGCCCGCGCCCGCCGCUGCUGCUGGCGCUGCUACUGCUCGGCCUGGCCGCGCACGCACGGACCCACUGGACCGCGGCCACGCGUUUAGUGAAAGUGCGCGAUUCGAGGUUAUAGUUUUACGUUAACGUGCGUCGCACCCGCGCGUCCCGCGAUCGCCGGCCAGCGAUCGGAACCUCUGUUAGUGCAGAACUUAUUAUAAUAAAUAGCGUGCGGUUACGAGACCGACGAGCGACGCGAGCCGCCGCCGCCGCCGCGGCCUACACUCUAACUCCACGUUUGUGCCCGCUCGUUGGUUACACCCGAAGUAUGGAAACACCAAAUGUUCACUCAUGAAUUACUUUAUGCAUUUAACUCGUAAGCGCUGUUUGCCGAUGUUCCGGCCAAUAUGUUAAUAUUUUUGGCACGAUUUGUAAACAAAGAUACAUGUUUUGCGUUAAGCGAAGAUGUUGCGUAUAUUUUACAUAGUGUUUUACAGUUGUAUUGUUCAUAAGAUACACAGUUUAUGUUCUAUAUUAUAUAUUAUGCUGACUAGUUUACCUACACGAAAAAGCAAUACUACAAAUGGUUAAGAUACAGAACCGCAAAAGGUCGUUCAUAGAGAUUCAAUGAUUCAAUCAAUGUACAUACUUGGGUACAUUUGUACGAAGCGUUAUUUGCAUUAGGAAAACGUGUGAUGUGUUUUAUACUACAUUAUUAUGUAGACCAGACCUGGUGCAAUAAAAUACUUGCAAUAACGUGCCACAAUAGCAAGCUUUGACAGAUUGGGAUAUGCAGCAUUGAGAGACGCCGCGCCGUGCGACGAAGAGUAGACCUAACGUUCUUGGAUCUGCAAUCGUACCUUAAUUUGUAGGGCACGAAGGAAACGUGACAAAUUUCGGGGACGUGAUCUGGACGGCAGAAAUCUACUCUUUAGAGCACGCCCCCAUAGGUAGACGGAAUACUGGUACAGGCGGAUCGUUUCUUAGAGAGUUAUUUUUGUAAUGUUGCACAAGUGCAGCGAGUGCGCCGGCGCCGCGGAGGCAGCGCCAUCUGCGGCAGAGUGUCGGCGCGGCGUCGCCGCCCGCGCACGUCAGCGCCUAAUUAAUAGUGACUACAUGAUUAUGUAUAAAUGAAAUAAUAUAGGAUUAAUAAAGUAGUUGUUGUUUUGUAAGAAGUAAAAUAUUAUGAAUAAUGCAUAUAAUGAAAGUUAUAUGUAAUAUAUUCCGUCUUAUGAUCUAACAUUUUGGUAACACAGAAUGGUUGAAAAUGAUUUUUAUAUGAAUUGAUUUUUAAUAUAUAUUAUUGUAUAUGUAUAUCGUGUCGACUAUUGAUAAUGGUAAAUGACCUUCAUCGUAUUGUUGUUUCAACAUUUAUAGGUAACAACAUUUGUUAGUUUUGUUUUAUUUUUGAAGAAUAUUAGAAGAGUAUCGUUAAACAUUGUGUGAUGAAAAGAGCAUAAUUUAAUGGUUAUUAAGACUUUAUUGAAUGAACAUUUGUUGAGAAUAUUGCCCUCGGAAGGCAUGUAGUUGUUGUAUUCAAAUAAAUGAUAAUAAUAUUAAGUAAGUUAUUUUUUACGUUUUUAUCGUGUGUACAUAAUGUCAAAAACGGUUUGUUGUUUCCACUCCCAUACUUAAUCGUCGUCACCGAAGGUGCUAAAGGUCUAUUAACGCUUCUUAAGACUUGGUUUGUGUCAACUUCCAACACGAGGUGGUCGGCCUGGCUGUCCGCGCGUCACGGCGCUCACGGCCGCGCGGCCAGCCGAGCCGUGGUUCCACGUUCUCGGCAAUACUGAUGCCUCACACUCAUAUCACUCGACGUUUACAAAACUUCGCCUACAGAAGCUAUCAUCUAUUUUCAUAGAGAAUAUUCCUUGAGUAAAGUUCACUACGUAGACUAGUUAGUAGGUGGUGUGAGCAAGUGGUGACAAUAGAUCAGUGAGUCGUUAUUGUUUCAGUCGAGUACGUUCGCUCGCGCUCCUCAGUGCCUUCACUCGGGAACUGGCACCACACUGCGCGCAUACCUGCCCGGUUGUUUAGCUCAUCAGCAGUCGCCUCCAUCCUCCAUCCCUGGAACGGUAGAGUAGUCUCGCCAUCGCGUCGUUCGCAUACAUUCGGUAUCCGCAGUUGCAAGUAAAAUGUUGAGAAUCAUAGUGUUAGUCUCUUCAAGAGAGUUUAUAGUAGGAAUUAGCGUUCGAGAGAUGUUAACAAUAAAAAGUUUGAAAUCAAUUGUUUGCUAUUCAUUGAAUACAGAUAUUUUAACACUUUAUUGAGGUUCAUGUCACAAAUUGAUACCUAUUGUUUCUAUAUUCACAGAUAUAAAUAUAUACAUGUUUGGUUGCAUAUUUAAUCUAAGAGUCUAACUAGAGUAUCUAAAUAAGGAAAGUUUCUGGUUAAUAAACUCAUUUCAGAGAGUCGGGUCUUAAUGCACAUAAUUAAAUUAAAGUAAACAGCAACGUGUUGCGAGCUGUACGUCGCCCUACUGCGUAGGUGCUCUUCUAUGGUAUCAACGUGUAUCUAUCUUAUAUAAAUUAAAUUAUCAAAAUGUCUAAAAUUUAGUAAUAGAAAAUGAAUUACUAGAACAUAAUUAAUUGGAUCAAUUUCGAGCACUCGUUAAAACUUACACAUUGACCGUGCAUUUCUUCUUGUGGGUGUUGCCACUGUACACUAUCGAUGUCUUCACUCGUUCACUUUAGUAGAGUAGAAGAUAGUGAAAGACCAAAAGAGAGGAGUUCGGUUCGGAUGUUAAGUACUGAUGCUUUUCAUUUGUCAACUGUUCAAUAACGACAAUCAUCUCACAGCCCCGCAAGGUAUGUCGUAGAUUCCGAAACCUGGAUGAAAAAAUAUGUACCUAAUUUAAAAUUUCGUCAUAAGAACCUACAUACACAAUUACACCCAAAAAACGAACAUGAGCGCUUCCUGAAAAUGUAUGACUCAAACAAAGAGUCAGCAGGAUUCAAAGAAAACAGUAGUAAGGGCGUGACGUGAGACGAGCGGUGACGAUCGGUGCAGUACGCGGCGUGCGCGUGCGCGCUGCGCGCCUUACCGACUACACACACACACACACGUGCACUCACACAAAACGUGCCAUUCUCUCUAGGUUUAGUGUACGGGUGUAUUAUUGAUUUUCGUUAAACGUUUGGUGAUAGUGUAUACAUUAUGUUUACGAAAUAAUAUACGUAUGUUUUGAUGUACAUAAUAAAGUGUAAAUGUUUAACGCACAAAUAAUAUGAUGAAAAGCUGAUGUAAAGCAGUGUACGAAAACGUAUGUAUUAGCUGUAAAAUGUAUCUGGGAAGUAAAGAUUAGGAAAUAAUGAUUGUAGGAAGUUCCAUGCUCCGUCUGCUGCCGAGAUCUCGUUCGUUUGUCUGCCAUAUCGUGGUUCUCUUGCUGACAUUCCGUUGUGCCCCGCCGCGCGCUGCGUGGCCGGCGCCGGCGCGGCAACCUUACCUCAAGUCCAUUUCAAUGUAAAUUACUCGAUAAUCAGGAAUUAACUAGUUGUACUGUUCUAUAUUUUAAGUCCCUCACCUUAGGUUGCGCGGCAACUCAGUUGACUGUCACACACACGCACAAAACAAACAGAAGGUUAGGCUUUCGGGGUCGUCCAUCGAUGAUUAAUCGUUUUAAAUGUGUAUUUCGUACAUUAUUGUUCACAAGAGUACAGAUAGUAAUAUAAGUAAGCAAAACACCAAAUCGUAGCCUUUACAUACACGACAGUUAUCCGCGACAUAGUAAGUAAUAAACAAAGCAACGUACGGUACGUUCCACUUUGGUUCCAAUCGCUGUGAUAUGUACUUGAAUACAUAUAACGUGUUAUAUUCACUCAGUACUAAUAGGUACGUAUACAUAGUAUUCAAUGAAGUUCGAUGGAAUGUUUCCGUGAUCGUGAUGAUUAUAUAUUUUGUACGAUUUAUUAUUUUCGAUGACUGCCAGUAGAUGUCACUAUGCUUAGGGGUAUAAAAUGUAAGAUGUAACUCGGCUGUGGUAUUAAAACAUUCUAGCGAAAGCCAUGCCGGUGAUAGUUCGUUUACUAAACUAAAUGUCUACAAUAAUUAACUAAGUACCGAAUAGAUUGCUUUAAUGUUCAAAGAUGAUCGUAUUCAUUUUAAUACCACAACUGAAUGUUAAGAAACAACGAAUAUGAUUCACGAUUGAUGAUUUUGUUACGCAAAACGUUGAUUUCGUUUACUUUAUAAUACUUACAAUAAAAUAUUAUGAAGAGUUCUUUUAGUUUCUGUGUUAUUCAUAAGUUCCAUGCGAGAAACAUUUAGUUUACAAUUCGGCUUGAGUUGUAUGAGUUUCUGAAAGUGUACGAAUCCUCUGUGAAGUAAUGUGGUUGAAGUUAGGUGACGUAAUGGUUGCCUGCAAUAACAGGAUACGAGUACGAUAUGGCCUUCCACAAUUUAGGCAAAAGUUAAGUAAAUUAAGACACAUUUGAAAAUGUAUCAAGUCUUAUGAAGUUAUACCUAGUGUAUCAAUACAUAAUACAUAUAAAUAGAUUUAACAAUUUGUACCUUAUUUUAAACGGAGAGUUUCAUGAGUAAGCGAUUCAAGUUGCAACCCCGAAAGUUUCUCUUUAGAUUCUAAUCGUUGGGUAAUAUCAUUUUAUAAUUUUAUUAUGUCACAUGUUUUAUUGUACAAAUACGUAGAUAAAUCAAAGCCGUUCCAUGUAAUAAUAUAUUUAAUAUAUUAUUCUGAAUGUUAAUAAGGUGCACGGGCAGGCAGAUAGCAGAUACGUACAUGUAAAUGAAAUUCACGCAUAAAUAGUUCAUUAUUAAUUUACCAAUGCAUCAGAUGCAUUUAAAUUGAAGAAGAAUAUAGUCAGCAUUUGACAGUUAUAAAUAUCAAAGUCGCCACUUUGAUGUAAUGGAGCUUAGUAAAAUUGUUGUUGAAUAAAAUGUAAAAUAAAAAAAUAUAGAUAUGUUGAAGCGUUGAUGAUACUGGUUGAUACUUGAUUGGGGGCUUGUGAUACUUCAGGCACAUCGAUGUAACUGUACUACUACUGCCUAAUAGUGAGCUACUGGAAUGCAGUAUAAAUAAGUGAAUAAUGACUGCCUGAGCCUCCGAAAGCACUUGG